AUGACUGAUAUAGGCAUUGCUCAAGGACAACGCCGCACACCCCCCUUGCAGACUCGGCAGACACUCCUUCCGUUCAGACCAGUAGCAAACACUUACUUUGACACCUCUGAGCCUCAACAAUGUGACAGUGGCUCGGCGAGUGGUAUAUCCCACCCUGGGAAACCGCCAACCCACCUGCCGACGGAGAUCUGGGAUCAGAUUCUAGGUUCUCUAGGGACAUUGGCCCUAAAGACCUUCCGGCUAGUUUGUCGGCAAUGGUCCGUAAUUGGAACCCCUUAUCUCUUCUCAACAGUCUACGUUAACAACUGGUAUGAUUCCUGGUCACAUCUCAUUGACAUCGCGACUUCUCCCAAGGCGGACCUCGUCCAGCGUCUUGUGUGGAAUGCUGUUGUGUUGCCACAAGACUGCCUGGACGCAGACAAGUGGAGUCACAGAUAUCAAAAUCUUCUCCGUGGUCUGCCACAUUCAGAGAUGCUUCGCUUCUACGGCGCGUUCAAAUUUCUUGCUGAACAGCGCUACGGACUGACCGGUUCAAUCAAGACACCAGAGAUGGUGGAAGCCAUGUGGUCUCUUCGCCACUGCCGUGAAUUGGUUCUCUCUGACGACUUUGAUCUGGAAACAGCUUGCCUCGAUGCUCACGUCAGGAGCAAGGUCCAACAGGAUUCAAACAUCAUCUACAAACCUUCCACGUGGAGUCUCAAACCCAGGAUGUGGGUGGAGGGUGGCGAUACGUUUCCCUUCCAUUGCUUGGGGGACGAAAUGUCGAUGUUCACAGAAUGCGCGUCAAUCACCAGCAUGACUGUGGACCUUUGGGCCUCCCACUGGCAGUUUUUCAUCGCAAAAACGAUGAUACAGGGACAGGGGGCUUAUCGGCGUGAAUUCAGCCAUCCGACAGUGCAGUCUCUCACACUAAGCGUCAAAUUCUGUCGAGUGCCAUGGUUUAACGAGGAGAUUGAGGGACCCAGUGUCAUGAAUGUGCUUGAAGGUGCUUUUACGGCCGCCGCUUCCCUGCCCAAUCUGCACGAGCUUCAUGUCGAGCCUGCCUUCGUGGAAGCAGGACCGGGACACAUGCAAUUCAUGCGUGACUUGUGGCUAGGUCCGAGCAACUCGGACGACUCGGCAUCGGAUGUGGACGAUUCGCAGAUUCCGGAAGACCCCGACCUUGACGAAAGCUAUGACGCUCAGGCGGAGCGCAUGCUCAUCCAACCGACCACCCUUGCGGCAGAUCUCGUGGGGCUUUACGGCCACGUGCAUGGUUGCUCGGGAGCAGUGAUCAACUCUGUCUAUGCCGAACUUUGUCCAAGGCUCACGGAGAUGCCCAGCUUGAGGCUGCUUCACCUGCACAAUUGCUCACUAAACGCACGAUUGUUCCUAGGAUGGUUGUGUGCCAGGAGUUGGACAUCGCCAUCCAAACUCUCAAUCCAUCUUCGCGGCCCCUGUGUUGUCUAUGGUCUUCCUGGACGAGUUUUCCUGCAAGCAUUGGAACCCUUGCGUGUCAAGCUAUUCUACGACGUACAAAACUUGUUCAGCUGUCCUGUUCUCGCCCAGAUACCAAGACCGGCAGAAGAAAUAGAACUUUGUACCAUCUACCAUUGUAGACCGACUGCCGAUUUCCCCCAUCAUCAGUAUCGCAUCAACUGGGACCCUCGGCAAGAUGCUGAGGGACUUGUUGUUCACAAUGAGGAUAUCGCCGCUGUUUCAAGUUUCGAAUGGCGCAAGCUACACGACUCAGAAAAACUCCACCAUGAUGUCCAAUUGUCGAAUAGCGAUGCCAUUGAACGCUUGUUGCGCAAACAUAUCGGCGAAGGGGUAGUCGAUAGCGAUUAUACUUAUUGCUUCUGGAUGACAGAGUACUCUAGGAGCUUUUCGUGGUCGCCUGGAAGACUCGGUGAUAUCGCCGACGACGAAGGAAUUUGCAUUGCUCUUUUCCAUCUGACUAUCCAUUCAUAUGCCCACAUGUGA